GGCCGCGGCGACCCGCGGCCGCACUCGGGGCGAGCGGCCGGGCCCGCGGGGCUGGACGCGUGGGGAGGAGGGAGCACCCGCCUCCGAGGCGCCCGGGGGCGCGGGGCCCGCCGCGGGGAUGAUCCACGAGCUGCUGCUGGCGCUGAGCGGCUACCCCGGGUCCAUUUUCACCUGGAACAAGCGCGGCGGCCUCCAGGUGGGGACAGAGGAGCUUGAACCCAGGUCCUUGCACAUUGUAACAUGUGCACUCAGCCAAGUGUCACAAGAUUUCCCAUUUCUCCACCCAAGUGAAACCAGUGUCCUGAAUCGACUCUGCCGGCUUGGCACAGACUAUAUUCGUUUUACUGAAUUCAUUGGACAAUAUACAGGUCACGUGCAGCAGCAGGAUCACCAUCCAUCUCAGCAGGGUCAAGGUGGUUUAUAUGGAAUCUACCUAAGGGCCUUCUGCACAGGGCUGGACUCAGUUUUGCAGCCUUAUCGCCAAGCAUUGCUUGAUUUGGAACAAGAGUUCGUGGCCGAUCCCCAUCUCUCCAUAUCGCACGUCAAUUACUCCUUAGAUCAGUUCCAGCUCCUUUUCCCUUCUGUGAUGGUUGUAGUAGAGCAAAUUAAAAGUCAAAAGAUUCAUGGCUGUCAAAUCCUGGAAACAGUAUACAAACAUAGCUGUGGAGGUCUGCCUCCUGUUCGAAGCGCAUUAGAAAAAAUCCUCGCUGUGUGUCACGGGGUCAUGUAUAAGCAGCUCUCGGCUUGGAUGCUACACGGACUCCUCUUGGAUCAGCAUGAAGAGUUCUUUAUCAGACAGGGUCCAUCUUCUGGUAACGUCAGUGUCCAGCCGGAAGAGGAUGAGGAAGAUUUGGGAAUUGGGGGGCUGACAGGAAAACAACUGAGAGAACUUCAGGACUUGCGUCUGAUAGAAGAGGAGAAUAUGCUGGCACCAUCUCUAAAGCAAUUUUCCCUGCGAGUGGAGAUCUUACCAUCCUACAUUCCAGUGAGAGUUGCUGAGAAAAUCCUGUUUGUUGGAGAAUCUGUCCAGAUGUUUGAGACUCAAAAUGUCAACUUAACUAGAAAAGGAUCCAUUUUAAAAAACCAAGAGGACACUUUUGCUGCAGAGCUGCAUCGUCUCAAGCAGCAACCACUCUUUAGUCUGGUGGACUUUGAGCAGGUGGUGGAUCGUAUCCGUAGUACUGUGGCCGAGCAUCUGUGGAAGCUUAUGGUCGAAGAGUCCGAUUUACUGGGUCAGCUGAAGAUCAUUAAGGACUUUUAUCUCCUUGGACGUGGCGAACUGUUUCAGGCCUUCAUCGAUACAGCUCAGCACAUGUUAAAAACGCCUCCCACUGCAGUAACUGAACACGAUGUGAAUGUGGCCUUCCAACAGUCAGCACACAAGGUAUUAUUAGAUGAUGACAACCUUCUCCCUCUGCUACACCUGACGAUUGAAUAUCAUGGAAAGGAACACAAAGCAGAUGCUGCUCAAGCAAGAGAAGGGCCUUCUCGGGAAACUUCUCCCCGAGAAGCUCCUGCGUCUGGCUGGGCAGCCCUAGGCCUUUCCUACAAAGUACAAUGGCCACUACACAUUCUCUUCACCCCUGCCGUCCUGGAAAAGUACAAUGUUGUUUUCAAGUACUUACUGAGUGUGCGCCGGGUGCAAGCUGAACUGCAGCACUGCUGGGCCCUACAGAUGCAGCGCAAGCACCUCAAGUCCAACCAGACGGAUGCAGUCAAGUGGCGCCUGAGAAAUCACAUGGCCUUCCUGGUGGAUAACCUUCAGUACUAUCUGCAGGUAGACGUGCUGGAAUCUCAGUUCUCACAGCUGCUUCAUCAAAUCAAUUCUACUAGAGACUUUGAAAGCAUCCGAUUGGCUCACGACCACUUCCUGAGCAAUUUGCUGGCUCAGUCCUUUAUCUUGUUGAAACCUGUGUUUCACUGCCUGAAUGAAAUCCUAGAUCUCUGCCAUAGCUUUUGUUCACUAGUCAGUCAAAACCUGGGCCCACUGGACGAGCGCGGGGCUGCCCAGCUGAGCAUUCUGGUGAAGGGCUUUAGCCGACAGUCUUCUCUGCUAUUCAAGAUUCUCUCCAGUGUUAGGAAUCAUCAAAUCAACUCAGAUUUGGCGCAACUACUGUUACGGCUAGAUUACAACAAAUAUUACACCCAGGCUGGUGGAACUCUGGGCAGUUUCGGAAUGUGACAUUUUCUGGCUCAUGAACAAAAGGAAUCAUCAGCUGCAUCUCUUUUAACAGACGAUUCAAAGUAAACAACCCAUUUUCUUUACCACUCUACAGUCUGCAGCCUAUUGAGAGGAUGCCAUCUUUACUCUUGGAAGCAUUUAGUGAAUAUGCACGGGUACUAAAAGUCUUUUUUUUACCAGAGCACUGAUCAGCUCUGGUUUACAGUGGUGCAGGGGAUUGAACCUGGGACUUUGAAGCCUCAGCCAUGACAAUUUGUUUGCAUAACCAUUAUGCUAUCUACCCCUGCACUCUUCCUUUUCUUUCAUGUGGAAGGAUCUCCCCUGAUUAGGGGAGUUCUGAACUUACCCAUGUUGGUCAGAUCUGUUACAGUAGGAGCACUGGUCAGAUACAUUUGUCCAUUUAAGACUCAUUUAUUGAGUACCUAUUAUGUGCCUAGGAGCUGUUCAUGUUAUGGGAGUCACAGCAAUAAACAGCAUCAGUGAGAAAAAUAUUUUUGGUUUAUGUGAAAAAGGAGUAAUUCUGUUUGUAAGGAGAUCAACUGUUGGGUGUCACUACUGAAAAAGAAAGGCACUGGGUAUGAUAGCUUUUCCCUUUCCCCACUGACAAUCUAAAGGAUCUUAAACUAUGAAUCUUAAGGAUGUUA